AUGGUCGCCAAACGGAAUUCACCAUCACCUGGAAUUUCGACUGGCGGAUCAUCUUCUUCAUCAAAUAAUAAUAAUAAUAAUGGAAAUUCACAUCAUCAUCCACCAAUCGGCGAUCUCGUCAUCUCUGUCGACGAGGAGCCGACGACAGCUCCGCCCACUUCGAAGCCCCCAAAGAAGAGUGGAUUCUUCAAAUCGGCGAAGACAAAAGCCACUGGGACACUCCGUCGAACUCUAUUCGGACGGAGCACAAAGCGUCGGGCGAAAGACGCGGAGACGAUUAAUGAAGUUGACGGUGAAGAGGAGGAGGACGAAGACUUCACCCAAGAUAAUUAUGAUACGGUGAAGUCACUGCCCGCCUCUGGACACUAUGGAAAAUCACGUGUCGGCAACACGUCGCAUACGAAAUUGCAAGAUUUGGCUGAUGAGAUACGGUCACGUCAUCUGAAAAUGGGAUCGGAGCCACCGGCGGCACCGAAACCCCCAGUUAUCAUAUUCCGUGUCCCCAGGAAACACGCCAACUCGAUGUCAUCACUACGGAUAUCUCCGGGUGCUGGGAACGGAGUCAUCAAAGCGCCACUCUCGGAUCCGGUCUUUGAUUUUUACACGUGGCAUACUUCUGAAUCUGACAACCACGACGCCGUGUACUCUCUAUUCAUGAAAGCUCACAAAUGCUACGAUUUGAUUCCGACAUCAUCGAAAUUGGUCGUAUUCGACACUCAUCUUCCCGUCCGAAAAGCAUUCUACGCUCUCGUCUAUAACGGAGUACGCGCCGCCCCUUUGUGGGAUACCGACAAUCAGAGAUUCACCGGAAUGCUCACAAUCACCGAUUUCAUCAAGAUUUUGUGCAAACACUACGACAAAGGAGACAACGCCGAACGUAUCCGAGCUCUCGAAGAUCAACAAAUCAGUCAUUGGAGAGAUCAAUUCGAGAUGGACGGAACGCUCCGCCCAUUCGUCUACAUCGACCCGAAUGAGUCAUUGCAUCGAGCCGUCGAGAUUCUAUGCGAAUCGAAAGUGCACCGUUUGCCAGUUUUGGAUAGAAAGACUGGAAAUAUCACGUAUAUACUCACACACAAACGAAUUAUGAAGUUCUUGUCGCUUUAUAUGCGUGACUUGCCCCGCCCAUCAUUCAUGUCGUGUACUCCACGUGAACUCGGAAUCGGUGCAUGGGGAGACAUUCUGUGUUGUCACAUCGACACGCCCAUCCACGACGCCUUGGAAUUAUUCUUGAAGAAUCGAGUGUCCGCCCUUCCGUUGAUCGACGAGAACGGCCGUGUCGUCGACAUUUAUGCAAAGUUCGAUGUGAUCAGUCUGGCCGCUGAGAAUUCGUAUGAUAAGUUGGAUUGUACCGUCCAAGAGGCACUCAAACACCGUUCCGAAUGGUUCGAAGGAGUUCAGACUUGUAUCGAGACGGAUUCGUUGUUCCAAGUACUCGAGGCCAUCGUCAAAGCGGAAGUUCAUCGAUUGAUUGUCACGGAUCAGGAUAAGAAAGUUGUCGGCGUCGUCUCCCUAUCGGAUAUUCUGAAAUAUCUCGUCCUGGAUCCAUGUCAAAAACCACCAUCAGCCACCACUACACCGGCCGCCGCCGCCGGUCCCCCAUCUCGAAAUGCGUCUGGAACAUCUCAAGGAGGCAUUUCGACGGAUAGUCCACCGAAUAGCAUUCCAGAAGGCGUCGAAAUUGAUGAAGACGACGAAGAAGACGUGACGGAUCCACCACCACCGACAACGUCUUCUGAUGCUCCCACGUCAUCUGCUUCGGCGACGGUGGCGACGUCAAAAGCCUAG